GAUCCGCGGCUCGACCGCGGAGCCGCGCCCGAGCCAGGCUCUCGGCAGGAAACAAUGAAGGGAGACACCAGACAACUCAACGGAGAGGAGGACGCCAGCAGGAGGGACGACUCCAUCCUCACCAACGGGGGCUGCAGUGACCAGUCUUCUGACUCCAAGGACGCACCCUCGCCCCCAAUCCUGGAGGCUAUCAGCACCCCGGAGAUCAGAGGCCGCAGAUCAAGCUCACGACUGUCUAAGAGGGAGGUCUCCAGCCUGCUAAGUUAUACUCAGGAUCUGACGGGCAAUGGAGAUGGCGAAGGGGAAGACGGAGAUGGCUCCGAUACUCCAGUGAUGCCAAAACUCUUCCGUGAAACCAGGACUCGGCCAGAAAGCCCAGCUGUCCGAACCCGAAAUAACAACAGUACCUCCAGCCGGGAGAGGCUCAGGCCCUCCCCACGUUCCACCCGAGGCCGGCAGGGCCGCAACCACGUGGACGAGUCCCCCGUGGAAUUCUCAGCUACCAGGUCCCUGAGGCGGCGGACGGGAUCAUCUGCAGGCACGCCAUGGCUGUCCCCUACCAGCUCCUACCUCACUAUUGACCUCACAGAUGAUGAUGUGGUGCCCCAGAGCAGCAGUACACCCUAUGCCCGCCUGUCCCAGGACAGCCAGCAGGAGAGCAUGGAGUCCCCGCAGGUGGAUGCAGAGGGCAGAGAUGCAGACAGCACUGAGUAUCAGGACGGGAAAGAGUUUGGAAUAGGGGAUCUCGUGUGGGGAAAGAUCAAGGGUUUCUCCUGGUGGCCUGCCAUGGUGGUGUCCUGGAAGGCCACCUCCAAGCGUCAGGCAAUGUCUGGCAUGCGGUGGGUUCAGUGGUUUGGCGAUGGCAAGUUCUCCGAGAUACCAGCAGAUAAGUUGGUGGCCUUGGGGUUGUUCAGCCAGCACUUUAACCUGGCGACCUUCAAUAAGCUGGUCUCUUACAGGAAGGCCAUGUACCACGCUCUGGAGAAAGCCAGGACGCGGGCUGGCAAAACCUUCCCCAACAGCCCUGGAGACUCGCUGGAGGAUCAGCUGAAGCCCAUGUUGGAGUGGGCCCACGGGGGCUUUAAACCCACCGGGAUUGAGGGCCUCAAACCCAACAACAGGCAACCAGUGGUUAAUAAGUCGAAGGUUCGUCGUGCAGGCAGUAGGAACUUAGAAGCAAGGAAACACGAGAACAAGACACGAAGACGCACAGCUGACGACUCCACCACUUCUGACUACUGUCCCCCAGCCAAGCGCCUCAAGACAAAUUGUUAUAACAAUGGCAAAGACCGAGGAGAGGAGGACCAGAGUCGAGAGCAAAUGGCUUCGGAUGUUUCCAACAACAAGAGCAAUCUCGAAGAUAGCUGUUUGUCCUGUGGUAGGAAAAACCCCGUGUCCUUCCACCCUCUCUUUGAGGGUGGACUCUGCCAGACGUGCCGGGACCGGUUCCUUGAGCUGUUCUACAUGUACGACGACGACGGCUACCAGUCCUACUGCACCGUGUGCUGCGAGGGCCGCGAGCUGCUGCUUUGCAGCAACACGAGCUGCUGCCGGUGCUUCUGCGUGGAGUGCCUGGAGGUGCUGGUGGGCCCGGGCACGGCGGCAGACGCCAAGCUGCAGGAGCCCUGGAGCUGCUACAUGUGCCUGCCCCAGCGCUGCCAUGGCAUCCUGCGGCGCCGCAAGGACUGGAGUGUGCGCCUGCAGGCCUUCUUCACCAGCGACCCGGGGCUCGACUAUGAAGCCCCCAAGUUAUACCCUGCGAUUCCCGCAAACCGAAGGCGACCCAUUCGAGUCUUGUCCCUGUUUGACGGAAUUGCGACAGGGUACUUGGUCCUCAAAGAAUUGGGCAUCAAAGUGGAGAAAUAUGUCGCCUCUGAGGUGUGUGAAGAGUCCAUCGCCGUUGGAACUGUUAAGCACGAGGGCAAUAUCAAAUACGUGAACGACGUCAGGAAUAUCACAAAGAAAAAUAUUGAAGAAUGGGGCCCCUUUGACUUGGUGAUUGGUGGAAGCCCAUGCAAUGAUCUCUCAAAUGUGAAUCCUGCCAGGAAAGGCCUGUAUGAGGGCACAGGCCGGCUCUUCUUUGAGUUCUACCACCUGCUGAAUUACACACGCCCCAAGGAGGGUGAAGACCGGCCUUUCUUCUGGAUGUUUGAGAAUGUGGUGGCCAUGAAGGUUGGCGACAAGCGGGACAUCUCUCGGUUCCUGGAGUGUAAUCCAGUGAUGAUUGAUGCCAUCAAGGUGUCUGCUGCUCACAGAGCCCGAUACUUCUGGGGCAACCUGCCCGGGAUGAACAGGCCUGUGAUAGCAUCAAAGAAUGAUAAACUCGAGCUGCAGGACUGCCUGGAGUUCAAUAGGACAGCAAAGUUAAAGAAAGUACAGACAAUAACCACCAAGUCGAACUCGAUCAGACAGGGGAAAAACCAACUUUUCCCUGUUGUCAUGAAUGGCAAAGAAGAUGUUUUGUGGUGCACUGAGCUAGAAAGGAUCUUCGGCUUUCCCGUACACUACACAGAUGUGUCCAACAUGGGCCGUGUUGCCCGCCAGAAGCUGCUCGGGAGGUCCUGGAGUGUACCUGUCAUCCGACACCUCUUCGCCCCCUUGAAGGACUACUUUGCCUGUGAAUAGUACCCCAGGCACCAGGGCCUGUGGGCAGA